AUGACCCCUUUACAGGCAAUUAGUGUUGACAAAUCACUUUCUCAAGCACAUGAUUUUGAAUCAUUAGAAAAGAUUAAAUCGGUUACUUCACGUGAGUUGGAAUUUGUUUCUUAUAAAGAUGCGCUUAUUCAAUGGAGCAUAUGUAAGAAUAAAGAUGAAUUGAAUCCUAGCGACACAAAAAUUGCCUCGGACGGUGGUCCAUUAAGGCAUUUGUCAGGAAAUGAUGAAAAACAAUUUUUAAAAAAUUCGGAAAAUGUGUACAUGGAACUGGUGGACUAUGACGACAGUGUAGAAUUUGUUUUUGAUGAGUUUGCUUCUUCUUGUUCUAAUGGAAUUAUUGUAACCGAAAAUGAUCGGGAAAUAGACGUUAAAAUUGAUUUGGAGCCAAUAGUGGACUUAGAUAUCGUUGGCUCUUCUUUUACUGGAAUCAUUAAUUCCGAUAUAUCGAUUUCUACAUUCAUGGGUGGACGCAGAUAUCAAUCAUUUUGUCAUCCAGUCAGAUUACCUCCAGAUGUUAACACUAACAAGGUUUUUUCAACAUACAUCGAUGGAAAAAUGCACAUUAAAGUUCCAAAGAAUAAUUCUGAUAUAAUUGAAAAGUCGCUGGCAAUGGGAUAUUGCGCAAUUUGUGAAUGGAAAGAAUGUUUAAGUAAAUAUUUUCCAGGUCUUUCAUAUACAAACGAAUAG